CCUGGGCGAGUGCUCUGGAGAGGCCACACAGUCCCUCUCAUAAAACCUGGAAUGGCUGCUAGUACACAAUCAGUCCUUGCAGCUUGCAGUUUGGGGGAUGAAACCAGUGAUGUCAGUGACAGAGAGUGGAAGAUUCCCAAAGAACUUCAACUAAGUUUCCAUUUUGAUGUCUACCUCCCAAAUGUGCCAUACAGGAAGUCCCAGCCAUCGCAGCCAAGCAAAAGGAUCACUGUCUUGAGAGAUGGUCAAAACCCAACACCAGGACAGAUACUAGACAUAACGACAAGAUUUCACGAUGAUGUUCCAGUUGUCUCUGCUGUUGUUGUCUGUGGGGAAGUUCGACUGUACACUUUAUCUCCUGUAAAUAUCCCACAGCCAAGUGUGUCAGCUUAAGUCAUAUUUUGUCUUACUUUUAUUGUUUUUCUUUUAUUUUGACUUUUUUAAUGUGUGAAAAUUUGUUUCACAGUGAUAUAUUUCAAAUACAAAGUACAAACUUAUUUUUGCAGACUUUAAAAAUAAAUGAAUUGAUAUAUCUAA